AUGACGACACCCCGCGUGCUCGUGAUCGGCGGCAAUGGCUUUGUCGGCUCUGCGGUAUGCAAGCAAGCCAUUGCUCGUGGGUGGAAUGUGGUGAGCAUCAGUGGUAGUGGGCGCCCUUUCCGUACGCAGCGUGGCCACGCGCCAGCAUGGACGGAAUCGCCCCGCAUGCAAUGGCGUAAAGCGGAUGCUUUUGAUCCUGCUACAUACCGUGAUAUUGCCGCUGAGUGUACAGCGGCCGUGCACACGAUGGGCAUUUUACUGGAGUCGGCGUACAAAGGGGAGAAAGGCUCGACAGGCGGUGCGCUUGCUGGGCUCGCCAAAGGAUGGGGCUUGUCCAGCGGCGCCAACCCCUUGGCGGAAGAUGGGCAUGGUGGUAGCCUGACCUACGAACGCAUGAACCGCGAUGCUGCGCUGCUAGUAGCGCAGACCUUCAAAGACGUACAAUCCCAGGCGCAACGUUCGCAUGUCCCGUUUGUAUACCUCUCUGCGGAAGACAUUAUGCGUCCCCUCAUUUCGUCCCGCUAUAUUUCUACCAAGUAUGAGGCGGAGCAAUCUAUCACCGCCAUGGCUGACGAUGUCCUUCGACCUAUUCUCAUGCGCCCUGGCCUCAUGUAUCACCCGCAUCAUCGCCCGUGGACCACUGUCCCGGCCACAAUGCUGGACGCUUCCUGCCAUCUACACAAACUGCGCACUAAGCUCAAGCUGCCCAUCCCUCUGCCUGCGGACCUGCUGCAGAGCUCAUGGGCACCGACAGCCCUACGUCCCUUGGCCGGCGCUCUGGUUACGCCACCGCUUCAUGUGGAUACUGUAGGUGUGGCCAUCUGCGAGGCGAUUGAGAACCCUGCUAUCUAUGGUGUGCAAGCUACCGCCUCGAUUCGUCAGCUGGCCGGAUGGCCCUCCGAGACGGAAGCGCCGUAG